CUAGAAUGACGCAGGGAGGGAGGAGGGAAGAACCGAGCGUCUACAGUGACCAGACCAGUCCAUCAGCAGUGUCAAGAGCGCUGUGGUGGCAUGGUACCUGGCCUGGGUACUCUUUAGCGCAGAACAGGGGUGGAAGCUCCAAAACGUGCUGACCCCAGGAAUCAGGACCCAUCAGCCAAAAAGAGGACAGCUAACGGCUGGGAAGGAGACACACGAGCAAAACCCACCACCACCUUCGACUUUCGCCGAACGACGUCUUUUCGUCGCUGGACCCUGCGGCUCUACCACUCUCCUCAACCGGCGCCCUUUUCCCUCUUCGCUCUCCUCCCUGACCUCCCCCUUGUUGUGAAGCGCGCACUCUUUUCCUCAUCUUCCCUUUGAGUUUACUCCUUUUCAAUUCGAGCUAGCAGCAACAGCCAUGUGGUUCAAGCAGUCCCUCUCGGCCCUGUGGCUGGCCGCAAUGGCCCUGGGCACCGCGAAGGCGGAUGAUGAAGUCAAGAGCAUUGCGCUCCGAACGCAUUCCCUGACCCAGCCCUACCUCGAUUCCGACAUGGCAAGUCGGUGGUACGACUUUGGAGGAGAUACCAUCAUCCGAACGGACUCUUACAUUCGGUUGACAUCGGACCGCCCGUCGCAAACCGGUUGGCUCUUCUCGAGAGUACCCCUGACGGCAACCAACUGGGAGGUCGAGGUCGAGUUCAAGAUCCAUGGCAAGAAUCAGCUCUACGGCGAUGGCUUCGCCAUGUGGGUAACCAAGAACCGCGGCCAGUCCGGCACCGUAUUCGGCAGCCCGGACAACUUUGAAGGCCUCGGUAUCUUCUUCGACACGUACAAGAACAACCGCCCCGGCACCGUCUUCCCCUACGUCAUGGCCAUGUACGGCGACGGCAAGACCUCUUACGACAAGGACAACGACGGCAAGAACACGGAGCUCGCUGGUUGCUCCGCGCGCGGCAUCCGUCACGCCAGCGUGCCGACCAAGGCCAAGGUCACGUACUUCCAGGACAAACUCCUCAAACUGGAGCUGCAGUACAAGAGUGAGGGCGAGUGGACCCUGUGCUUCGAGACCAACGAGCCCCCCGCGAUCCCCCAGAUCACCUACCUCGGCUUCAGCGCCGAGACGGGCGAGCUGAGCGACAACCACGACAUUAUCUCGGUGCAGGCCAAGAACCUCUACACGUCGCAGGCCGGCAAGAGCAACAGCAAGACGACCCCCGGUAGCGGCAAGAAGGGAUCCUCGAUCAAGAAGGAGAGCGGUGGCAGCAGCUGGACGUGGACCUUUUUCAAGAUCUUCCUCUUCUUUGGCGUCCUCGGCGGCGGUUACGUCGGCUACACUGCCUGGAGGGCGAAGAACGACAAGAGACAUCGUUUCUAAGGUGCGAAGAUUGAAAACGACUGGCGAAGCGGGGUUUAUUUGCAAGGAGAUCGAAAAAAAGGGGGGGGGGG